CCGCGACUUGUAAAUAAUCCAAAGGCAUGGGUCUUAGUCUCUUUGUUUCAUCGUUUCAUGUUCGUGAUUAGUUCGGAGAACCAAACGUGAGCUAUUCGGAGACCGAAGAUAACCGAACAUUUCAAAACAUGGCGGAAGCUUGAAUGGAAUUUUGUAUGGAGUCGAUUCUUUUAUGAUAUUUUUUAGUUGAGAAAAUGGCGACACAAGUUUUAUCUGAUUCUUUGAAGAGUGUCUUUAAGCACAAAGACUUUAAGUCGAAACUUCAGAGGGAAGCAGUAGAGUGUCUUCAUGAAGGAAAACAGGACGUGUUUGUAUCCAUGCCAACAGGAUCAGGAAAAUCUCUUUGUUAUCAAUUGCCGGCAGUCUUGGCAAAGGGAAUAACAGUUGUAUUUUCUCCACUGAUUGCUCUGAUUCAAGAUCAAGUAUUGCACUUAAAAUCGCUCUCAAUAAAAGUUGAAACAAUAAAUUCAAAACUGUCAGCUUCUGAGAGAAAGCGCGUCUACUCAGAAAUUCAAACGCUGAAGCCAUCAAUUAAGCUUUUGUAUAUUACUCCUGAACUUGCAGCAACACCUGGAUUUCAAAAAGUGCUAAGCUCGCUGUACAAGAGAAAGCUUUUAUCUUUCUUUAUUGUGGAUGAGGCUCACUGUGUGUCACAGUGGGGACAUGAUUUUAGACCUGAUUACCUGAAGCUUGGUUCAUUAAGAAAACAGUUUAGCGAUAUUCCUUGGGCAGCACUUACAGCUACAGCUACUCCUCAUGUCCAAGAGGAUGUUCUGACAUCCCUUCAACUUCACAAGCCCACAGCAAUUUUCAAGACUACGUGUUAUCGACCAAAUUUAUUUUAUGAUGUGUGUUUCAAAGAACUCCUUGAUGAUCCUUAUUCAGACCUUAAGAGUUUUGCUGAUUCAGCAUUAUCAGAACAGGAUAGCAGUCAGGGGGAGAAGGGUAGUGGUAUUAUUUACUGUCGGACUCGAGAUGCAUGUCAAGAAGUGGCAUCAAGACUGAACAGAAGAGGACUCACGGCAAAGGCUUAUCAUGCUGGUCUUAAACCAGACAAACGAGAUGAGAUUCAACAAGAAUGGAUGGAUGGAAAGGUUGCAGUUAUUGUGGCCACAGUUAGUUUUGGUAUGGGAGUUGACAAAGCUUCUGUCAGGUUUGUUGUACACUGGACUUUGCCGCAGUCAAUGGAAGGCUACUACCAAGAGUCAGGUAGAGCUGGACGGGACGGAAAACCUUCUUUCUGCAGACUAUAUUACUCCAAGCUUGAGAGAGAUCAGGUGUUUUUUCUCAUUAAAAAAGGAAUCAAGGAAAAGAAGGGCGCAGUGUCCAGUGGAAGGAAGAAUGAGGCUAUUCAGUCCAGUUAUGAGGCGAUUGUGAAAUACUGUGAAGAACCCCGCUGUAGACACGCCGCAAUAGCUUCGUAUUUUGGAGACAGCACACCUAAGUGCACCCAAGGCUGUGACUACUGUAAAGAUCCUGACGCAGUUGACGAGCUUGUGGAGCACUGGCGGCGUGGCGUGACGGCAGGUCACAACAGAAGCGUGACAGCGGGAAGAACUUACAUUGCACACAGCCUGUCGAGUGGAGAGAAUGAUGAACUUUAUGGAGGAGGGAAAUGGGGAUACGAGAGAAAGGUAUAUGAAGAUGAUUACGAUGACGAGGAUGACAGAGAAGGGGGUUCUGGGGAAGAGCGAGCUUUCCGAUGCAAAUUGAUUGCGGACGAGUUUAAGAAACGACGCAAGGGAAAGCAAUCACUGACUUGUCCACCAGCUCCGCAGUUACCUGGUCCCAACUGUCGCCUCAAAGAAGCUGCAAAUUAUUUGCAUAUCCCAAAGCUUGCCAUCAAGGUAAGGGAACACUGUUUCGGUCUGUUGGAGGAAGCGCUUAAAUCAAACAUAAAUCAGUGUGCUAAGACAGAAGAAACUGCGAGGUUGCUGUUUGACAUGGAGUCCACAUCAAUCGAUAUCGAGCAUAGUAUCUUCACGAACAGCAAGACAGACAUCGGUUACAAGACUGCUAUGCUGAAAAAGGUUGGCGAGGUGAAGUCAAGCACCAGUAGUGGCAGCGUUUUUGUUUGGAAGAGAGCUUCACAAAACAGCACAGCAACAUCCACUACAGCCUCAGUCUCAAGAGAUGCCCUGCAGGACAUUGACCAGGCGAAACAGAGGAAGCUAAUACCAAGGAAUUCACCCCAUUUGUAUCUGCAUUACAGCUGGUGAAAUCAAACCACAGAAUAACAAAAGAACCUGCUGCAGCUAAUCCACCAUUGAAGAUUCCCAUUCCAAGGGUGAUUCCGACAAUAAAGUACU